UACUUUGUGUCUCAUCUGAACCGAGAUUUGGAAUGUGUUUUUCUCUUCGCUUUGGAUAAAUCGGAUAUAUGAAUUUAAUUCCAUAUCGCUAUUGAUUCUGACUUGGACUUGGUCGGAGGGCUAAUAGUCCGUAUACACACACCAGUUUCUCGGAGGUGUCAAGGAGGUUGGUGACAAAACGGCUUCUGGGAUAUAAUUAGUUAAAACUGCAUGAAUAAAUAAUCUAGUAAGUCGCCAAGGUGUGCUGAUCAUGAGGUAUUGAGUUUAGAGGAGUAAUCCUUUGUCCAAACAGAAUAAAAGUACAUCCGAUAGUGUAUGCCGGAAAGAUAGGGACAUCUUACAUCGUGUCUUGGAGACGUCUGACCAUCAUGACUGAUCACUAGGAGAGUAGAACUUAGGUCGUGUGAAAGUAAAUGUUUGCCUCAGCCCGUGUAAACACAGACCUGUCCACUAUGUACUCUGUCUUUCAGUAAAAUAGCUCCACGAGCGAUUCUCCUGAUACUCGAUGUUGACUUCGGAUACAAAUAGCUCGUACGGUGCCUUAUCUUGUCUAAGAACAAGCUGUGGAAUAUAUGUGGAAUGUACAUUACUGGUCUAAAGUGUGAUUCGGAUUCAUAUCUGGAAAUUUCAUCGGAAAGUGAUUGAAAAAUAUUGUUUAAGUAUGUAGCAAUAUAUGUAUACAGGGACUGAAGAUUUCGAGAAUUUAAGUUCGGUGUACAAUAAAGUUCUUUAACGUGUUGUGCAUGUAAAAGUUUACCGUUACCAUGAGUCGGAGGAAUUCAUUACUCCCUGGAAAUUCCAGCAAAAAGACCGCAGAUUAUAUGAAGAAACGAGUGUCCCUAAAGGAUGGGACGUUGAACGGUCCGUCUAUGCGUGUGUCCGGGUCCCUGGGGGACAUCAGGGAGGGAGAUGCGUACUACAGGACGGUACACAUCUACCCCUCCCUCACGGACAUUCCGGAUGAGAUCACGGUCACCGUCUCCAAAAUCGGGCGGGAACCACGUGCAGGAUCGUCCGCUGACAAGGCGGAGUCGAGACGGGGAUCGGUCCUUAGUGACCGCACCGGGUCCCCAGGGCCUGUAGAGUCGCCAAUGUACGGAGAGAGGGCUGCAUCCAUAGCCGCUAGUGCUGGCGGGGCAGACUCCAAACGACCCAAACUGGUCAUCUGGCCAGAAUGGAGUGAAGCUGAUGUAAAUGCAGAAAAAUGGGAUGUCGCCCACAAAGGAGGAGCCAAGGAUAAGGGGAAAUCCCCCGUGGCAACACAUCUGUACGAGGACCCAGAUGGCCGAAUCGACAUGCCACCUUCCCUCAAGACCCACUACUGGAAACGGCCAUGUGACUACAUCACAGAAAAGACACCAGUGGUGGUGGAUCAGGACUGCCUAGGAGAAUUUGACCUCAUCAAGGCUAACGAACAUCUUCACCACAGUGAGUUGAUGCGAUUCAUCAUCAGUCAGAUCACGUUUUUAUGGGAAACUAGUGCGGUCCAGAACGCUCCCUCAGAGCAGGCUGAUCCCUCUGUACCGUACGAGGAGAUUUCUCACUCCUGGCGGCCCUGGGAACACAUCUAUGCAGUCAACAAGGUGGUCAAGGGGCCACACAUACCCCCCUACAACUCGUACGGCAAAUACGCUGUCCGCCUCUACUGGAUGGGUGUGUGGAGGAAGAUCCUUAUAGAUGAUCAGAUACCUGUGGAUGAAAACGAGAACCUGCUGCUACCGGCCACGACAAACCAACAUGAACUCUGGCCUUUACUGCUUACAAAGGCCCUCAUCAAGGUGGCCUCACUCGAUUACACAGGAGGCAGUCCAAGCAGUGAGUUUGGGGACUGUAGCAUUAUCCAGUGUCUGACGGGCUGGAUACCGGAAUCCAUCCCACUCCAGGGUUUCCUGGCCACACCCCUCCCUCCUCCCGUCAACCCUCCGGGGGCAGGCCGCGCCUCGCCGUUAGUGUCUGCUAGCCAGGUGCUUGAUAAAUAUUUCCAGCUAAGCUCCACGCCACGCUCUCAGGAAGGGAGUACAACAGCUCCUAGAGUAAAGAGCUCAAAGUCCGCCUCACAUGAUCUCAGGUACGGUCAUAUAAAUGAAGUGUGGGACCUGUUGAAGGGUUCCCUCCCCGAGUGGAAACUUCCCCUCCAGGAAUGGGAAAAAGCCUUACUGGAGCAACAGGAGGCUGAGAAGAAGGAAGAGUCUGCUCCAUCGGAAACAGCUAAGGAUGACAAGUCAGAAAAAGAGUCUGCCAGCAAGGAGGGCAAGACAGAGAAGGCAGAUUCCAAGUCUGGCAAGGAUGGAGGCAAGGACAAGGGAAAGGAUGCCAAGGACAAAGAAAAAGGAGGAAAAGAUAAAGACAAAGGUGGGAAGGAUAAAGACAAGGGAGGAAAGGACAAGGAGAAGUCCACAUUGGAGGAUAUCCCUGUUCCAGAGAAGCCAGAGGUUGUGGUGUUUGCUACAUACUGGAGCACUCCCAAAUACCCUGUUAAAGUUUCUGUCCUCGGUGAAAUGGCUGACGCCAGUGAGAAGCUUCGACAGAAUGGUCUGUCUCAUCUGUAUCCACACCCUGUGUGUAUUACCCAGACAAGGUCCUGCCCUCUAGAGCCCCCACCCCCUCCAGAGAAAAUACCUGCAUGGAAAUUGAUUAGACCCAAAAAGAAGAAAAAGACACCUUCAGAUGAACCAGUUUCCACACCUGAACCCCCCAAACCAAUCCAGUGUAUAGAGAUCACCUCUUCCUUCCUAAACUACAAAGUCAGCCCAGUACCCAUACCCACUGAGACGCAUCGCCCACGGUCAUCAUUGGAGAGAGGUGGUACACGGUCACGCCCCAAGUCCACUUCAAUAGAGGAGACUGAUGAAAAUGCUCCGGAAAUGGUGAAAAUUGAGGGGGAGGUAGUGAAUGAACCCCCCCAGGCAGAGGAGCCAGUAGAACAACCAGAGCCAGAAAAAGAGAGUAAGCCUGAAGCAAAGCCGUCUAGUCCAGGGCCCCGUACAGGGAGACGCAAGUCUUCUGUGGCCAAGAAGGAGGGCAAGGAAACACAGGAGGGAGGCAAAAUGGUCAGCCGUGAGUCUUCCCCUAAGAUACCCAGGAAGAGUGGCAGUGCUGACAGGUCCACUAAACCUGACCGAGGCAAGAGUGCAGGCAGGUCAGAUUCCAGGUCAAGUAAGAAGGAACAAGAUGACAAGGACAAACUCAAAGGAGCCUUGCAACAAGCUGACUCCGGUCUUGCACCUCCCCCUCCUCCAACGGAGCCAGAGGAUCCAGUCCAGGAAGGAGAAGAGGGGCAGGAACAGCCGACCACAGAGGAGGCAAAGGCAGAGGAGGAGGAGGCAAAGCCAAAGAAAGUCUGGAUGGAUUUUGAGGAGUUCUGUAAAUGUUUUAAGACUCUGUACAUCUGUCACAAGCCUCAUACAUAUGGCUGCAACCAGAAGGUCUCCGACCUGAAGAAAUUGGAAAAAAUAUACAAUAUACAGAGCGUCACUGCAUCCACAGCUCCCACCGGCAAGGGAGACAAGAAGACAGCACCCAACACUGCUGGGGUAAAUACCUCCUCCUCCAAGACUGCUCAAACUCCUACCCAUAUGCAAGCACCUUCUCCCACAAACACCCUCAGUACUUCGGGAACAGAUGACAAGUCACCCCACUAUCUGUAUGUGGAUAACCUGAAGCCAACAGAAAUAGUAGUGAACUUUUCCUCGUUGUCACGUUGGCAUGACCCUCCACCUACACCUAUGGAGGACAAGAAGUCACACACUAGUGUGAAAGGAGGCAAAGGAGGUGAUAAGGACCCAGAAAAGGAACUUACUAACAUUACCAGCAGUAGUGUCAUGGAAGAGGACCUUGUGUAUCUGACUGAAGGGUCGGUGGUAGGAAUGGAGACCAAAGUGCCACCUGUAGUCCACCCAGGAUCAUUGAUUGCCGAGCCGUACUCAUGGAAAAGUCUGGUAACCGGACAGCCCAUUCUACGCCUGCGUUCUACAGCCACCCGAGCUGCAGUGUUGAACCUCCCAGCAGGGCGCCAUGUGCUGCGGUUCCAGAUGACGGCCCCACUCGGCCACCAUGUACACCUCUGCUCCACAACACCCUUUGUCUUUGGUGACGAGGAAACAGUAAUGGCACAGCUCACCAAGGAGAGCUGUAGGUUUGUGGACAAUGCCACGCAAGUAAUGAACAGCAUUGGCAAGUGUAUCACCUAUUUCAACGACCGUGAGGCCUUCAAACAGGCCUGGGAAGAACUUGUCAACUACCACUGUCCGUACCGGCACGACAAACUUAUGUCAAAGUCUAAUCACUUCAAGAUCUUUAAUGAUGCCCUGUACAAUACCCUGAGGAAGUGUCUGUCGGACAUCGCCACCCAGGACCUGGCCUUUGCCUGGAGAGCGUUCACAUUUGAUGCCACCACCAAAAACAUCCUUGGUCUGCCAUCCAGCAGUAGGCCCACGACUGGUAUGACAAGUCAUAGAGGAUCUGCAAAACCGUCCAAAGACCAGGGCAAGGAGAAGGAUAAAGAUAAGAAACGAGUUACACAACAGGAGGUCAAACCACAAGAAACAUCAGUAGAGGGGGAAGCAGAUAAAGUAGAAAAUCCUUGGGCAAAUAGGGAACCCACAACCGAGGAACAGAUAGCUGCCAUCAAGAUCCAGAAGGUCGGCAAAGGAUAUGUUGUACGGAAGCUUCUUAACGCCCGCACACCUGGGACGGAGGAAAACACAAGAGCUAUGGAAGCACUACAAAAGUCCUGGGCCAUCCUGGAACAAAACAUUGAACAGAAUGGCCUGUAUCUCUUCAGGUACAUGUUCAAACUGGACCCUGACAUAAUGUCCAAGUACCCAUUCUACCAGGACGAGUGGAACAAGAUCUCGUACGCAGACUACACAGGGCAGUACCCAGACCAGCCAGCCAAUAACUGGUUUGUUGUGUUCAGGGAGAUAUUCUACGUACUGGAGGAGAUGCUGGUAGUACCCAAGCUGUAUGUGCCAAUCAACACAUGCAUGCUGAGAGUGAUUAACAAUGAUAACGGGGAGGAGAUCCCCAAGGUCUUCCAGCGAGUCGCCCCCUACGUCUACAAGAAAAACAAGAAAGGCUACACAUUUGUGGCUGAAGCCAGGACCACAGAGAUGCCAUUGGCUGCCAACAAGUGGAGGAUGCGUCUGAUUGGCUCCCUAAGUCCUCUACCGGCACCACAGAAGAAUGAGAAGAAUGAAGUUACAUGUAACUCGACGUUCCAUGUUCGAGAACUCAAGGACUACUACAUACCAAACCCUAAGGAUGUGAUCUUCAGAUAUGCUGUGAAAGUGAAUGAGGACCACAUGCCACCAAACGUGACGAGUAUACAGGUGAACACCUCCAAACAGGACGUGUACAUCAAGCUGGUUGUCCUGGAUGAUGAGGUCGAGGUGGCCAGCACCACAGGCAAAGGGCAUGCUGUCAUUCCAGCCUUCAUUUUCCAAAAGGAUGUUGACCUGAACUCGGAGGAUAAGCGCCCAAGCUCACGAGCAUCUAACAAAGAUGCUAAAGGCAAAGCCAGCACAGCCAAACUAAAGCGAACAGGGUCAGCCAAAAGUGUAGAUGGCCGUGCCUCCAGGGGAAGCAGGCUUUCUGAUGCAGGAGUGAGUGAUGGAGAAAUUGAUGAAAAAGAUUUGAAGCCCCACAAGUACAUCAUCCAAGCAACAGUGCUGCGUAACAGCUGGCCCCUCGGUGAGAGCAGCUGGAUAUUUGUACAAAUGCUCAAGGACAUAGAAAAGAACGAGCUCAAAGUAAGCUUCAAACCGCCUCCAAAUGAAGACAUUGCCAAUAAAGACCGGCCACCAUCUCCUCCUAAACAGGAGAAGGCUCCUGCAACAUCCAGUAGCUCACAGAAAGGAGGCAAGGGAGGCAAGACAGAUAAGAAAGGAGGGAAGGACAAAGACAAGGAUCAAAAGGGUUCAAGGCCUCCAUCCCAAGCGUUUGACAUGACUAAACCCCACUGGACACUGCGAGUGGUCAGUGAUGCCAGCUCCUUCGAGGAUAUUGAAGUGAAAAAAGAUACAGAACGUGCUGAUGAAAUACGGGCCAUGAAGAAAGCAUGGGAGAAUGCUGAGCCUGGCCGAGCUGCUAAGGCUCUGCAGUCUCGUCUCAAGUACUUGAACACCCACCUAAUCAAGCUCCACCCUGACAAGGAGGAGGAGGAGGUAAAAGAAGGCGAGGAUAAGCCAGAGUCAGAGGCAGAGAUCCCUCCCCCUCAGACCCCACUCUCUAUGCAUGAAGACAAGGAGGAGAUUCUCACUCUGGAGCCACCCCCACCUCCCACACCCAAAGAGAUCCUGCCUCCCUUGGAUAUCACUCCCUUCCUCAGGAAGGCGAGUGGAGAGCCUCGGUACCUGGAUGAGGAGGAGAUCCAGCGACGAGAGGAGGAGAACAAACGACAGGUGGAGGAGUACAAGGCGUUCAGGGAACAGGUGAAGACUUGGAGGGAGCAAGACAAACUGAUGAGAAACAACAUCAAGGUCAAACAACUGGAGCAGUGUGAAGACUUACAGGCUAUGUUGGACAGUGCCAGGGAAGGAAUCAAUAAGCCUAGAGAGGCCUUUCGACAGAAGUUCCUGGAUGAGGAACGUAAGAAACAGGAAGCUGAGGCUGAGAAAGAGGCAGCAUUGGCAGCAGAGGUCACGUCCAAAUCGCCCAAGGGCAGAAAUAAGAGUGCUAAGGGUGCAAAAAGUCCUGGAGGUGGUAAAAAGAAGAAAUGAUGAGGAGGUCAAUAUAGGAUUAACAAUUGUUUUGUGUACAAAUCAGACUGACUUUUAUUUACUUCAAUAAAGGCAGUACCGUCUUUCAUGAAAAACAGUAUUUUAAUUUUUGUUGCCUGAGCGAGCUGUACAAGAAAAAAAGGAAUUUGUGUAGCAGUGUCAGUCUUGUUGCUAUGGUGAAUAUCAGGUAUGCUCUUAAGUACAGUUACAAGUUUGAACUGUGUAUAUUGAGUGGGAUAACUUAUUUCUGGGUACAGUGUCACUGUAUUAUCAAUACCUUGUACCUACAAAUCCAGAGGAGAAACUGCAGCACAGUUGAUGAAGAGAAAUUACUUAACAUGUAUAUUAUUCCUUUUAACAUGCAUAUCUGUGAUAAAUGCACCAAGUGCAGUGUAUUAAAUCUAAUGUACAUAUAAAUGUUUAAUAUGUUAUAGAAUUAUUUUGUCCACUCGACCAAAUCCUUCAUGAAAGUAUGAGGAGCCUACCAAUGAAAACAUAUCAUUGUAUUAUACAACACUGUGUGAUACGUGUCCUAUCACAGGUGAACUAUAGCUGUUGUAUUAUACAACACUGUGUGAUACAUGUCCUAUCACAGGUGAACUAGCUGUUGUAUUAUACAACACUGUGAUACGUGUCCUAGCACAGGUGAACUAGCUGUUGUAUUAUACGACACUGUGUGAUACGUGUCCUAUCACAGGUGAACUAGCUGUUGUAUUAUACAACACUGUGUGAUACGUGUACUAUCACAGGCGAACUAGCUGUUGUAUUAUACGACACUGUGUGAUACGUGUCCUACCACAGGUGAACUAGCUGUUGUAUGAUACAACACUGUGUGAUACGUGUCCUAUCACAGGUGAACUAGCUUGUGUAUUAUACAACACUGUGUGAUACGUGUCCUAUCACAGGUGAACUAGCUGUUGUAUUAUACAACACUGGGUGAUACGUGGCCUAUCACAGGGGAACUAGCUGUUGUAUUAU